AUGCCCGACCAUUCCACAGCAUAUAUUGGCACAGCCUUUGUGGCUGGAAUCUGCUUAGCUCUCACAUAUAAAGAAUUAUCACGACCAAAGCAAGAUGAACAUGCGACAGAGCAACCACGAACAGAUGACCUAGUCGCCCGGCCUGGACCACCAACCAUUGUUGAAGGCAUUGAGGGCUGCAUUGGAAACACGCCUCUUUUACGAAUCAAGUCAUUGUCGGACGAGACAGGAUGUGAGAUUCUGGCUAAGGCAGAGUUUUUGAAUGGCGCCGGUCAGAGCUCCAAAGACCGAGUCGCAUUAAGCAUGAUUGAGAUUGCCGAAGAACAAGGAAUCCUGACGCCACAUUCAGGCGACACAAUUUACGAAGGAACAUCAGGAUCGACCGGAAUCUCACUAGCAACUCUAGCCCGCGCAAAGGGCUACCUUGCACAUAUCUGCAUGCCCUCAGACCAGGCAAUUGAAAAAUCAAACCUGCUCCUAAAGCUAGGGGCAAUCGUCGACAGGGUCCCCCCAGCACCGAUCGUCGAAAAAGACAAUUUCGUCAAUCGCGCACGAGCACUAGCAAAGACGCACACGGCCUCAUCCGGCAUCCCCACUGCAUCUACACCACCAUCAGCUGAAGAGAAAGCCGAUCUCCCGGAGCCAGACGAGAGCAUGACUCGCGGACGAGGGUUCUUCGCCGAUCAAUUUGAGAACGAAGCCAACUGGCGCGCCCACUACGAGGGCACAGGCCCAGAGUUAUACGCUCAAUGCGGCGGCCGACUUGACGCCUUCGUAGCGGGCGCCGGGACAGGCGGGACGAUUUCUGGCGUGGCGAGGUUCUUGAAACCUCUAUUGCCUAAGCUUACGGUUGUACUUGCUGAUCCGCAGGGCAGUGGGCUAUUUAAUCGGGUUGUUUACGGUGUGAUGUUUGAUCUGAAGGAGCGGGAGGGGACGAGGCGGAGACGACAGGUUGAUACUAUUGUUGAAGGGAUUGGAAUUAAUCGUGUUACGGCGAACUUUGAGGCUGGGAAGGAGCUUGUUGAUGAUGCGGUGAGGGUUACUGAUGCGCAGGCUUUGGCUAUGGCGCGUUGGCUUGUUGAGAAGGAUGGGAUUUUUAUUGGGAGUAGUAGUGCGGUGAACUGUAUUGCUGCAGUCAAGACAGCCAGGAAGCUGGGACCAGGCCACAGGAUCGUCACGGUGCUUUCUGACUCUGGCUCGCGGCAUUUGUCUCGAUUCUGGGCUAAGGCUGGUGAUGUUGGCGGGGCUGUUGAUACGAGACUUGAGGAUGUUAUGAAUGCACGAGACGAGGAUUUUGAAUAG